AUGAGUUCAUCGAAGCCGAAUAACUCGGGGAUUCCUCGUAAAACACCUUUGAAUCCAUUAGCACAGAGUUCAACCAAAUCGAAUGGGCAAAUUAAAGUCAAUAAACAGAAAGGGAAAAGCAGUGACAGCAAUAAACAUGGAUCAAUUAAAUCAGAUGAACCCAUAGCCAAAAGUAUACUCAAAUUAGAAGAGGACCACAAAAGAAUGAAAGCUAUUUUAGAAGGAACUGUUAAAGAUGCAGAGGAAAAGUUGGAAUAUAUGAAGUCUCUGGUAGAAAAAAGUGUAGAAGUAAAUAAAGAUUCAGAAAAAGUUAGUGAAAGUGAAAAUAAGCAGAGCCAUCAUGAAGGUGAAAAUGACGAAAAUGUUGAUGAUGAAAACGUUUGUGAUGAUAUAAAAGAAAGACAUUAUAUGACUAAAUCUAAGUUAAAAUCAAUGAGAGAAAAGUUAAAAGAAAUGAAUAGUAAAACUCAGAUGUUUAUGGAUGAGGCUGAGAAAAUGACUCAAGAUAUCAAGGAGAUAGAAUCUAUGAGUAUUAGAAUAGGAAAUUCUGUGGAAGAUGAUAAGAAGUGUGACAUCAAGAAAGAAACCAGUGUUAAAGAUACUAACUCUGUGAACUCUUUUAAACAUACACAUACAGACACUGUCUUUAUUACAGAAACAGAAGACUCUCAUUAG